AUGACCGGUAACGAGAUAGUUGGCGACGUAGUAAUGGAGCCAGUGGCCACGGUAGUGGUGGAGGAUACGGUACCGCUCUAUAGGGGGCGAGGGCUCGUAGAGGUACAAAAGAUGGAGACGCCCUUGGGAACGGCGACGGUGCUAUGCUGUUCGCGACGUGGUUGCGAUCGCCACGUAGUGGUGCUAGGUCCGGGUUAUUCGGUCGAGGAGACGAGGUCGUCGAAGACGAAGACUGGGAAGGUUAUCGUGGCACCGGAUUCCUGGUGCGCGUCGUGUUUAACUCCCGAGAAGCCGUGGAGUGAGAAUCCGUGGCGAGGUACGGCUGGACUGUUUCCGUUAGUAUCUCAGUCGAUGCUGCAGAGAGUUGCAGCCUACUUAGGAGAGCCGGACGUGGUAAGGUCGACCGAUGAGGUGCCGUUAUACAGUCAGUACAUGACUUGGUGUAUGGCGGAGGGGUUCCGCUUUCACAGAUUGACGGAGGGCGGGCUGGUUCCCGCGUGGUGGGAUGACGUCGUACAGUUAAGCCCGCUGUCAUUGUUUGGACCCGCGGUGACGGGGAAGUCGGAGAUGGAGGUCUUGGUUAGUUGGGAUCUACGGUUAGACGAUGAUGAUGUUGCGGACGGUACGGAUGUUAGUGACACGGUAACGGUGGGUGGACGGUUGCGGGAGCGGAUGGAUUCGGUUUUAAACACGUGCCUUGUCGCUUUAGACUGGUUUCACUAA